GAGACAGUUGCUGCAAUCCACAAAGCAUGGGCUACAUUAAGAAAAUAGUGGAGAAUAAAAUACCGGGGAUUUAUGUUCUGUCUCUCAAGAUUGGAAGCAACCUGAUACAGGAUAUGGAGAACAGCUUCUUUAUGAAUGUGAAUGAUCAAGUGAGAGAGGUGUGCAGCCAACUCGCGAAGGACCCUCACCUAAAAGGAGGCUACAACGCAAUGGGCUUCUCCCAAGGAGGCCAGUUCCUGAGGGCGGUGGCCCAGAGGUGUCCUUCUCCUCCCAUGCUCAAUUUGAUCUCCAUUGGGGGGCAGCACCAAGGCGUGUACGGCUUUCCACGCUGUCCUGGUGAGAGCUCCCAUAUCUGUGACUGGAUCCGAAAGACCCUGGAUCUGGGCGCCUACACGCAAGCUGUUCAAGAGCACUUGGUACAAGCAGAGUAUUGGCAUGACCCUCUGAAGGAGGAGGACUACAGGAAAAACAGCAUCUUUUUGGCUGACAUAAAUCAGGAGAGGGGCAUCAAUGAGACGUACAAGAAAAACCUGAUGGCUCUGAAAAAGUUUGUGAUGGUGAAAUUUCUUAAUGAUACUAUGGUCGACCCUCCGAUCUCUGAGUGGUUUGGGUUUUACAAAAGCGGCCAAGCCAAGGAGACCAUCCCGCUGAAGGAGUCCUCGCUGUACACAGAGGAUCGCCUGGGGCUGCAGGAGAUGGACAAAGCAGGAAAGCUGGUGUUUCUGGGGGUGAAAGGGGAUCACCUGCACUUCUCAGAAGAGUGGUUUUACACCACGAUCCUCCCCUUCCUCCAGUGAAGCUAAGGGGAGGCACCCUGUGAGAGCACGGGGAAGGGUCUACCACUGUAGUUAAUGCAGCUGCUACUGUGCAACAGCACUUUCUGUGUACAAGCCUGCGGGGAUCCAGGGAAGGGGAAAAAGAGGGGGUUUAGCUCAGCA